UGGAAUUUGUUGAGAAAGCCAAAUGGCAUUGAUCUCUUUAACAACGAAAAAAACCGGACAAAUAUAAUUUACCAGCUUUUGUUCUUCUUAGGUUAAUGUUAGGUUUUCCGAUGCUCAACAGUACGCCGUACGACAGACAACCGACUCGCGUUCAUGUGCCAUACCAGCGUUAUAGGGGUGGUACAUAAAAGUAACAUUCUUUUUCAAAAGAUUUCAUUUGUACUUGUUUAGCGUUCCUUUGGAUUCCUUGGUACAUGAAGUGAAAAACAAACCAAGGAGAAAAAAAAUCCGUGUAAAAUACGGAACGCCCGCAAAAAGCAUAUUGCGGCAAUGGUAGCGUGUUAGUGAGGGGUGGCGCGAAAUGUAAAGGGGGUAGUUUUCCGAUAUGCUAUGUUACGAUAUGUGUGUGUUAUAUGCGCGGGUCUUGGCACAGGUGAGAUCUUAAUCAUAACAUAAUCGUUGUUCGUGAUCGGGUGAACGUGCUCACAUGGUUGACUGGAAUGGAAUCCCAUAGUGAAAAAAAUAACCGAACGAAGGAUUGUUUCGAAUCGUCCAACACGUCCCUUUCACAGCCACAUACUUCAUCUUUCGGGUGUCACUUGAUUUCGUUCAGUGGAUGACCACAGUAUGACCACAACUUAGCAAGAGCAGACGCUUGGUGUACAAGGAGACGAACCAUCUUUUUGAACCAUUCGUUAAAUGUCAUGAUCUUGGUGCUCAAUCGAUUUCCACACACAGAGAGCAAACGUGUCCGCGUAACGAUCAAAGAAUCCUGUGGUUUGCGCAGCGCUGAUAGAUGCGUCAUCAAGGAGCCGGUCCCGAGUGUAGAGAACAAUUGAACUUAUCAGCGAAUGUUAGAUGUGUACGCUGGCAAUGUUGCAGGCGUAAAAGCGACCGAGGGAAAACAAAUCAAAGCGACUCGUCCGUAGUAAAACGAAAGAGCACAAGCGACAUGAGUAAGAUUAAUACAGCGAAACGAAUGGUUGCGAAUUAACAAUGUAAGAACAACGCUAAACAUAUAUACGUGUGAGAACACUGACACCGCAAACACAAAAGAAACAAAUAUUUUUUUAGCACAUCAUUCGAAUGUGUUUGAAUGUGACUAUGCUAAACAAACAAAUCAAUCAUAGUAAUAUAAAGAGUAUAAAUAUAUAAAAAUGAAGAAAAAAAAACACACAAAUCCAUCGAAACAAUACAAAACCUACCCUUGCAGGUGGGCAAGAGCAAGAGUAUAUCAUUUUUAUAUUCUUUGCUGCAGUUUUGUUCCACGGACAAUGUCUGUUUUGAAUGAAUAUGGUUGUAAAUGGGCGACGCAAUGCAGGAUCAAGCUAUUGAAAUAUGGAACAUUGAAAGUCAGGCAGAUCGUUUGGCAGAUUCCAAGAAGACUGCCGAUUGCACCCCGAUUAUGUAAGAAUUUAAUUUUUCUAGUUUGCUUCGUUCGUCCGUUUGGGGGAGAGAAAUCGUGGCUGAUGGUUUCAAUUAUCCGUUAUGUAUUCCGUGUGCCAAAGUGGAAAGAUAUUGUUCACUCACAGUUGUGUACUAGGGCAGGCCGGAGCGCACACUCCGGGAGCCAAAAGUACACGAUUGAUCUGUACACAACAUACUGAACAUCGGUGGUUUUGGUUGCUUCUUUAGAAUUUUCUCCAAACUUCAACCAAAGGUCGUAAGAGUGCUUGUGAUACGAGCAUAACUAUAGCAUAACAGCGUGUAUCGAGCGAGACCCGAGCAACGGACGAACGUAAUUAAAUGAAGAGAAAAAAAAUGGAAGGAAAACAAAAUGUUAUUGUUCUACACCCUUAAACGUUUAGCCCGUUGAAUCGUCAGACAUUACAUUAGGCACAACCAAGGGCGCAGAAAGGUGAAUGCCGCCAAAAACGCGCAAAACACGAUGCAGCCGAAGUUCCACCGCAUGUCGGUAGAGGGAAAUUUCGUAAAUAAAUGUUUAUAUAUGUAAA